AUGUCCGACAAGCUCGAACUUGAGGCUCUCUUCAAGAGUGAAUCCUAUGCUAGCUCAUUCAAACGCGGAGAGAUGGUCACCCGCCCAUUCGCAGAAAUGCUAGUUGACCAGAGCAAGGUGGCCGCCGAGUCCAAGGCCAACCCCGACAGGCCUCUAGUGAUCCUUGACAAUGCCUGCGGCACUGGUGUCAUCUCCAGCUCCCUCAAUGACAAGCUUGAUGACACUGUCAAAAAGACUUGGAAGCUGACCUGUGGUGACAUCUCAUCGGCAAUGAUCGAGUAUACCACGCACCGCAUAGAAGAAGAGGGCUGGCAGAACGCGGAGACAAAGAUCGUGGAUGCGCAGAAGCCUGAUUUGGCUAGCGCUCAAUUCUCUCACAUCUUUACUGCUUUUGCCUAUAUGGCUCUCCCUGAGUCUAUUACGGCUCUUGAUGAAACCGUUCGAAUGCUGCAACCCGGCGGGACUAUUGCUUUCUCAACCUGGAUCGAACCCGGCUGGAUCGGCGUCGCCCGAAGAGCAAUUGAAAGAAUGCCAGGCAACCUACCUUUUCCUGAGGCCCAACAGUUGAUGGCGGUUAUGACUGAAGGGGAAUGGAACUCGAAGCUUUGGAUCGAGUCCCAGCUCGAGGGGCGUGGGUUCCAGGACAUCGACGUCCGGCCAACAACAAUAAAGCUGACCCUCACAUGCCCUGUCUUCCUGGAGAUGACCAUGUUAGUGCUUCCCAUGAUGAUGAAGUCUUUCUGGACCGAGGAGCAACGGGAGGAGCACAAGGAUAAGGUUGGUCCGGCGUUAGAGAAGUACUUGGAAGACACUUACGAGAAUGGAAAUAUCCACACCGAUUGGGUGGCUAUUCUGUCCACUGCGCGCAAAUCUUGCUAG